AAUUUUUAUUGAAUAUAAUCAUAAUAUGUAAUUUAGUGUUUUUCUACCCUAUCGGAAAAUAAUUUAUUACAAAUAAAUGCAAUACAUACUUAUUAUUUAUUCAGAUAUAUCCUCCCACAAAAGAAAUGCGUAAUAUAGGUUUGAAUAACAUAGCUAUUAGUGGACAAUGGAACAAAUUCAUAUUCAAGCAUCAAAUCACCUAAUUGUAAUUACAGUUUCGAAAACCAUAAACCAGUGAGUUAUUGUUAGUUACUGAAAUGGCAAAAAAGCAAGUCAAAUCUGGAAAAUUUUUUUCCAAGCCUCAAAGUAAACUCAAUUUAAAAUUAAAAGAGUCAUCAAGAUGUCAAAUUUUCACGGAUUUCAUUAAUCAUUACUUCAGCAUGAGCACCAUCCAUGGAUUUUAUCACAUUGCAGCACCCCGAAGACAUCCGGUGGAAACGGUGAUUUGGACUGGGGUGGUGAUAGCGGCAGUAUUUGGUACCUAUAAGGUAACCUCUGUGACAAUCGCUCGAUACACCCAAAGUCCUACUGUAAUCUCCAUGGAAAGAGACAGAUUUUCUUGGAAUACUUCAUUCCCCGCUGCUACGAUUUGCCCAACCUUUAAAGUUGAUGAGGAUAAGUUAGAUAUUUAUGUUGAGGAAUCGUCGGCGAAGAACAAAACUUACUUCAAAUUGUUCCUUCGGUCUUUGGCGGAGGCAGGUUAUUCGACUUUUGACAAAGUGUUACCCUAUGAUGACUUAGAUCCAAAGGAUUAUUUAGAUCUUGUUUUAAAAUUGAAGUUCAGCUUUAAACCUUCAGUCACAAAUUCAGGCACUGGCAGUCAAUUCUAUUUAAAACAAUUGAUUACAGAGAUGGGGAUUUGUUAUAGUUUUAAUUCUGAACUAGCAGUUUAUAAUUCACCCAAUUAUUGGAAGGCAGAAAGAUGGGACUUGGUAGAAACUAAUGACAUAUUUUAUGUUAAUCCAUUAGACGGUGAAGUCUUUGCCAAUGUUAUAAAUAUGUCGACUGGUUUCGAGGUCUUUAUUCAUGGCCCCAACGAAGUAGCUGAUGUGGCAAGUAAAAAGAUAGUUUCACCAAAUGGUUAUUUUCUUCAGUUGUACUUAUCAGGAAUGACCAUUUUCAGCACUGACAAUACCAGAAAUUUAAAUAUUCAUCAAAGAAAAUGUAGAUUUUCUCAUGAAAGUAAUCUUCGUCAUUCGCCAGCUUAUUCAUAUGUACUUUGCAGGAUAGAAUGCAGAAUGGCAAUGGCUCAUAAACUUUGUGGUUGUUUACCUUACUUUUAUAGACCAUUAGAUGGUGACAAAAUCUGUAACGUAGAAGGAAUGCAUUGUUUGGCACAAUAUAAAGAGCAACUGAUUCUUCUUCAAGGUGUGUGUUCAUGUUUGGCUAAUUGUGAUGAAGUAAACUACAUUGUUGAAGACAUGGAUACUAGAGAAUGGUUUUUGGGUUCUAAUUUGCAAUGGGGACUAAAGGAAUAUCCAAAAAUGAGGCUUAAAAGGGACAUCAUAUUUGGUUUCUCAGAUUUUCUGGUGUACAUAGGAGGUAUGGUAGGAUUGUUUUUAGGCUGCAGUGUUUUGAGUGUUAUGGAAAUUUUGUAUUUCUUUACACUGAGACUUUAUUGGUUUGUUAUUAAAUAUGGAAAUGAAACUAGGUACUUAACUUUGCUGCAAGAGAUGCAGUACAUCUUCCAACCUUCAUUUCAAACAUCAGCUGGAGUAGCUUUGAAAUUACAACCAGUAAUUUCUGAAAUGGGAAUUUGUUAUACCAUUAAUUCCAACAUGGGUGUUUAUAAUAGUCCAUCGUACUGGGAAAAUGACUCGUGGAGUUUGUUGGAGAAAAAGGAAGUAUUCAAGGUGCAUUAUUUGGAUGGUGAAAGCUUCAUUAAUGUUAUAAAUAUCACAUCAGGUUUUAAGAUUUACUUUCAUGGACCAAACGAAGUUGCGGAUAUAGUCAGUAAGGGUGUGAUAUCUCCAAACGAUCACUUCCUGCAAAUACGACUUAAAGCACUGUCUAUAGUUAGCAAUGAGGGGAUUAAAAGUUUGUCGGUGUCACAAAGAAAAUGUCGAUUUCCGGAUGAAAGUAACUUACCCCAUUCACCAGUUUAUUCUUAUGUUUUGUGUAGGAUGGAGUGUCGAAUAACUUUGGCACAGCGACUGUGUGGUUGUAUUCCACAUUUUUAUAGAAAAUUAGAUGGUGAAAAAAUAUGUAAUGUCAAUGGUCUACAUUGUUUAGCAAAAUAUAAAGAACGUUUGAUUCUCGUUAAAGGGGAAUGUAACUGUCAUGCAAAUUGUGACGAUGACAAUUAUUAUCAGGACGAAAUUGUAAGAAAAAAAUCAAUCCAAAAUAUUUCGGAAUUAAGGUGGAGCAUUAGAAAUUAUCCAAAUAUGAGAUUGAAAAGGGAUGUCAUCUUUGGUUUUACUGAUUUAUUGGUUAAUUUAGGAGGAAUGGUUGGAUUUUUCUUAGGAUGCAGCAUAUUAAGCUUUGUAGAGAUAUUGUAUUUCUUUACUUUAAGGUUAUAUUGGCACAACAAGAAGGGAAUCAAUCGAAUUAAAAAAUAA